CUAUCAGUAUUGAAUGAACUACCGUUGAAAUAGUAAUAGCCUAAUAUAAUGAAAAUUUAAAAAUAGGGCUAAUUGAAAUUUUCAAACUUUGAUCCACACCAACUUUCUCUUACAAUAAAUUUCAAGAUGUCUGCGCCCUUGUCGAGCAAUGCUAUACAUCCUGUGAGAUGAACUGAAACAAAUCACAGUUUCAAAGAUGGGAACUCGUCUUGCAAGCAGAUCAUUUGUUCAUCAAAAGGAACUCCUGGCAGUCGCUAGACAUCUUUGCAGCAAACCAAGUCAUCUUUUGCUGAAAAAAGAAGUAGUAGUCCACCAGUGCCAACGUCAUAAAUCAAGACAUUCAAAAGAUUCCCUUUCUUCAAUCAUCCAGCCUCUUUCCGUCAAACCUGUCUCACGAAAUGCAGAUGACAUCAAUAUUGGAGAGGAGUUAACUGGUACUCUCAAGAAAGAAAAACUCCUGAAAGUACUCACGAAAUUCCACAGCAGGGACAAAGUGAAGAAACUGGCCUUUGAAAAUGGAUUGGACAAUCGUCUUUUUCACAAAGCCUACAUCAGCUUUCGAAAGUAUUGCGUUGAGUCAGAGCAGCUCCCUGUGGAUCUUCACAUUGUGAUCAGUGAUGUCUUGCAAGGCUCUGGCAAUGUGGAUGAUAUUUUCCCAUAUUUCUUGAGACACUGCUUUGAGAUUUUUCCUCAUUUAGAAUGCAUGGAAGACCUGAAAAAGAUCAGUGACCUGAGACUACCGGCUAAUUGGUACCCAGAGGCACGGUCUAUGCAAAGAAAGUUCAUCUUCCAUGCUGGCCCGACCAACAGUGGAAAGACUUACCAGGCCCUGGAAAGGUUCAUCAAUGCCAAAUCUGGUAUCUACUGUGGCCCUCUCAAGCUUUUGGCUUCAGAGGUCUACCACAAGUGCAAUGAGGCUGGAACUCCAUGUGAUCUUGUUACUGGUGAAGAACGACGACAUGCAAAUGAGGAUGGCUCACAGUCCAGUCAUGUUGCAUGUACAGUAGAAAUGACCAGCCUGACCACUCAGUAUGAUGUAGCAGUGGUAGAUGAGAUCCAAAUGAUCAGGGACGCUCAGCGAGGAUGGGCGUGGACCCGCGCUGUUCUGGGUCUGUAUGCCGAGGAGAUUCAUGUGUGUGGAGAAGCCUCGUCUAUUGACUUGGUGAGAGAGUUGGCACUCACCACUGGCGAGGAAGUAGAGGUGAGAAGAUACAAGCGACUCACAAAUCUCUCUUAUUUAGACCAUGCUGUUGAGAAGUUUGAGAAUGUCAGACCAGGGGAUUGCAUUGUGUGCUUCAACAAAAAUGACAUUUAUUAUGUGACUAAACAACUUGAACAGCAAAACAAAGAAUGUGCAGUCAUCUAUGGGUCCCUUCCUCCUUCAACAAAGCUUGCUCAAGCUGCCAAGUUUAAUGAUCCCAACAACUCUUGCAAAGUCAUGGUUGCUACGGAUGCCAUUGGAAUGGGAUUGAAUUUAGCCAUUAAACGUAUUGUGUUCUACUCUGUGAUGAAACCCAUGCUAAAUGAAAAAGGAGACAUCGAAAUGGACCUCAUCUCAACGUCUCAAGCCCUUCAGAUAGGGGGUAGGGCUGGUCGCUACAACACGCUCUAUGAGAAUGGAGAAGUGACGACAUUCUUUGCAAAAGAUUUACGAAUAUUGAAGGAUAUCGUGAAACAACCGAUUGAACCAAUUAUGCAAGGAGGAUUACAUCCAACUGCUGAUCAGAUUGAACUGUUUGCCUACCAUCUCCCUAAGGCUUCUUUGUCAAAUUUGAUAGACAUCUUUGAAAUGAGUUGUGAACUGGAUCAAGAUACGUUCUUCAUGUGCAAAAACGAUGAUUUCAAGUUCCUGGCUGACAUGAUAGAGCAUGUGCCCCUCUCCUUGCGAGUGCGAUAUGUCUUUUGCAGUGCCCCUAUCUCUGUGAAGCAGCCAUUUGCUUGUGCUAUGUUUCUCAAGUUUGCCCGGAGAUUCAGCCGCAAUGAGCCUCUCACCCUGGACUGGUUGUGCAGACAGAUUGGCUGGCCUUUGAAGCCCCCAGAGAACUUGGUGGAGUUGGUUCAUCUAGAGAGUGUCUUUGAUGUACUGGAUCUCUACCUGUGGCUCAGUUAUCGUUUUCAAGAUCUGUUUCCUGAAUCGCACCUGAUUCGUGACGUACAAGGGGAGCUGGAUCAAAUCAUUCAAAGUGGAGUCAGAAAUAUUGUGCAACUGGUCAAAAACCAAGAAAGAGAAAAUAGUGGUGACUUGGAUAGUGAGCAAGAUUUUGCGAUCAAGACUCGGGCUCAGCGCAGCAAAAUUCCCUCAGGCAGGAGAGCAUUAGAUGAAGGAAUGCAGAAAUUGCGCAGAGAUGAAAAGGAGGUGCGCAGUGAAAGCAAGUUGGCUCACAGCAAACUGGCACAAAAACUGGUGGAGAGUGGAGUUGUUACCAAAGAUAUGUUGGACAAGCUGAAGGAGGAAUGGAGUCUGGAACAGAAUAAAAAGAAACAGACGUCUGCUGACGUUGAUGGGGAUGAAGACUGGACUGACAGCAGUGAUAACGAUGACAACAAAAGAUGAUGAUGAUGAUAUAUUUACUCCUGUAUGUGACGCAUGAAAAAGAAUAUGCCCGUUUGGUGUCUGUGGCUGCGUUAAAAUGGUGUGUGUGUGAGAAAGUGAUGGUAAGUCUAACAGUAACAGUCCUGUAGCCUUGAUACCAAUUGUCACAGUAUGCAGAAUGCAAAUGUUACAUUUUGAGCAUGUUGUAAUUUGUGUCAUGAUCUUUAUAUAUUUACAAAAUUGAGGCUGUAAACUAUCCAAGAACUUAUUUUGAUUUUGUAAUGUAUUGGAAUGAUUGAGGUAUCUUACAAUAUGCGAGUUUAUAAUUUGCCGUUUGACUGGCGCUGUGGGCCACCUUGUAGUGCUUUGAUAUGAGCUGCUCCGUUUUCUGGUAAGGAGUUUAUCCUAUCACAAUGGGAUUUAUGACUUGUGAGCAUGCUCCAGAUUUACAGACUUACUUGGAUUACUUGGAUCCAGAGCUAGAAUCAUAGCAGGCAGCGCAUGUCCAUAGCUGCUCAUCUCUCCUUUCCAGCAUCCA